CGAGCGCACCUUCACUUGUUCUCGCUUUCCCUUACGAACAAGUGGACUGUUUAUACACGAACGGACCAGACUCUCCGGCAAAAUGGUGAAUAUCGGAAUCAAUGGAUUUGGCCGUAUUGGGCGUCUGGUGACUCGUGCUGCUGCCAAGAGUGGAAAAGUCAAUGUUGUUGCCAUCAACGACCCCUUCAUUGACCUGGACUACAUGGUUUAUAUGUUCAAGUAUGACUCCACCCAUGGUGUUUGGAAGGACAGCGAAGUGAAGCAGGAGGGUGGAAAGCUGAUUAUUGGCAACCUGCGCAUCACAGUUUUCCAUGAGCGGGACCCUUCCCUUAUCAAGUGGGGUGAAGCUGGAGCGGACUAUGUGGUCGAGUCCACUGGUGUGUUCACCACCAUUGAGAAGGCCUCUGCUCACCUGAAAGGAGGUGCCAAGCGGGUUAUCAUCUCUGCCCCCAGUGCAGAUGCCCCCAUGUUUGUGAUGGGUGUCAACCACGAGAAGUAUGAGAACUCCCUGAAGGUCGUCAGCAACGCCUCCUGCACCACAAACUGCCUGGCUCCCAUCGCCAAGGUUAUCAACGACAACUUCGGCAUCGUCGAGGGUCUCAUGAGCACAGUUCAUUCUGUCACAGCCACACAGAAGACUGUUGACGGGCCCUCUGGUAAGCUGUGGCGAGAUGGACGUGGUGCCGGCCAGAACAUCAUCCCCGCCUCUACCGGUGCAGCCAAAGCAGUCGGCAAGGUUAUCCCUGAGCUGAACGGCAAGCUGACCGGGAUGGCUUUCCGUGUCCCCACCCCCAACGUGUCUGUCGUUGACCUGACAGUCCGUCUUCAGAAGGCCGCCCCUUAUGACCAGAUUAAGAAGGUCAUCAAGGCUGCUGCUGAAGGACCCAUGAAGGGCAUUCUGGGAUACACAGAGGAUCAGGUGGUGUCCACUGACUUCAAUGGCGACUGCCGCUCUUCAAUCUUCGAUGCCGGUGCAGGCAUUGCUCUUAACGACCAUUUUGUCAAGUUGGUCUCCUGGUAUGACAAUGAGUUUGGCUACAGCAACCGUGUGGUUGACCUGUGUAUGCACAUGUCCUCCAAGGAGUGAAGUCAUCGCACCUGAACUGCCUUUCCCAUUCCCUGUUGAACGAAUGUCCCACCAGUCUGCUGCCUGAACCUGUAGUAAACUCGAUGGCAACAUGUUUAUAAGUCACACCUCUGUUCAGUGCGGACUUGGUAGGAUAUUUCCCUGCAGAAUAUUUCUGUUUAAUGCACUGACAUGCAAUAAAAAAAUCCUGAACUCA